ACUUUAAUUUUUCCUUUGAUUAAAAUCCCAUUUCUUAUUUCUUCCUUCUAUAUAUAAACCUCCUUUCUCCCCCCACUACGCACUCUCAAACCAACUUUCUUCAUCUCUCCCAAGUCCCAAUUCCCCAAUCAAACAACUAACCUACCUUUAAAACACAACAUUAAACAUUUAAUCAAACAAAAUGAGGCAAUUAGGAAUAUCAUUAAAUUUAGAGGCCACAUUUGAAGCACAACAUCAUCCACCACAACACCAUCAAAUUACACCACCACCGGCCGGGUGGAAGUCUCCGGUCCCUUACUUAUUCGGCGGUCUCGCCGCCAUGCUCGGUUUAAUAGCUUUUGCUUUGCUUAUUCUUGCUUGUUCUUAUUGGAAACUUUCCGGCGUACAUGAUUCCGGCGCCGGCGAAGAUUCCGGCGAGGUCACCGGCGAUGAGAAGCCUACGGAAGCUUCUACCGCAACCGCAUAUUUGAAUGGUAUAUUUGUUAUAAUGGCCGGUGAAAUGAAACCUACUUUUUUGGCAACUCCGGCUACGAGCCGAGCUUCCUCUUUUGAAAAUUGUAGUAGUAGUAGUAGUAAUAAGGGAGAAGACAAAGAAGAGAAGGAUGUUGAGGUUGAAACGACGACGUUUGGUGGUGGUGAUGAAGAGAAAAGAUGACGAAUGAUAACACUACAUGAAUGUCUUAUGUUGGUGGGGGAUGGUGGAAAUGUUGGUGGUGAGGAUUAAUAUUUUUUUCUCAAUUUUGUGCUUAGAUAUGUCAUGGGAUUUGGGAGGUGGGACCCAUGAUUAUAUUAAUGCAUAAGUUAAUUUUUUUUUUUUUUUGAAAAAAUGAAAAAUGGGAUAAAUAUGUACUAGUAUAUAUGGGUUUUAAUUUAUUUUAAAACCUAGAUUUGGGGUGAGGAACUGAGGAUUAGGUACAUAUGUAGUAGAGGAGAGAUUAUAGCUAACCUUUUGGUUUAUUUAUUUUGAUUGAUAGAUAGCAUUAAUGUUAUAAGUUAGAUCGGAUGAUUUUGAGAAUUUAAUCUCCAUUUUGUUAUUUUUUUUUAUUUAUCAUAUUGCAAUAUUUUUUUUUUUUAUUUUACAACGUCUAUGACAUCUAUAAUAGUAGAAUCAUUGAAUUUGAGAUUUUAUAUGUUGGUAAUUUGAAUGUUUCUUUGAUCACAUCAUGUGUUUUAUAGUAUUUUUUAAGAAAGCGAAAAAAUUAUUGCAAUAUAAAAAGUGAUGGAAAUGAGCUAAAAUUAAGGUUGCUUUGCUUUUAGACGUUUAAUUUUGAAGUUAGUACAUUUGUAGUUGGUUAUAAAAGAAGACAAAAUAUGUUGAACAAAUUGAAAUUACUUCUAUGAAAAAAGGGAAAAUGUAAACGAUAUCUAUUGCAAUCAUUUAGCAUUAUG